CUGGUUUAUGCUGUUUGGGGCCCCAAUCAAUGAUCUAUGUUUGCGGUGUGAAGCAAGAAGAGGUUGAAGACAUCCUGGAGACAUGGCUGAAGGUGGCUGUGCAAAGACCGAGGAGGAGGAAGCCGCGAGCUCCGAGGAGGACUCGAGCUCGGUCCGUGGAAGUGGCUUCUGCAAAUGGUUCAACGUGCGGAUGGGCUUCGGCUUUCUGUCCAUGACCCACCGGGAGGGCAUCUGUCUGGACUCACCCGUGGAUGUGUUCGCCCAUCAGAGCAAGCUUCAUAUGGAGGGCUUCCGCAGUCUGAAGGAAGGAGAAGCAGUGGAGUUCACCUUCAAAAGAUCCUCUAAGGGUCUGGAGUCCUUAUGGGUGACGGGGCCAGGCGGGGCGCCAUGCGUGGGCAGCGAGAAGAAACCCAAGGGUGCCCAAAAACGCCGUUCAAAAGGAGAUCGAUGCUUCAACUGUGGAGGGCCGAAUCAUCACGCCAAAGAAUGCCAGCUGCCACCUCAGCCGAAAAAGUGCCAUUUUUGCCAAAGCAUCACCCACAUGGUGGCCAACUGUCCAAUCAAAGCACAGCAGUUGUCCCCGGGAUCUCAGGGAAAAUCAACAGCCUCCACUACAGGAGAAGAAGAGGACAUGAGCCACACCCCCUUCCCUCCCGACAGCUCUGAUUAGUCGGGGAAGGUUUUCAGGGGAACACAAGCACCAAUCAGAAAGCUGCUUUCAGAACUAACUCAGGUUUUUCUUCUUCAAACAGCAGAAAUGAAUGU